AGUGAAGUCUAUUUUCAGAGAGUGGCAGGGUUUUCAGAGGCCGGCCACAGAUUUGAUACUAUUCCAGUUGUCAAGUGUUGUCAAAAGAUUCAUCCUAUCUACUUUUCCUUAUAAGGCAACAUAACCGCUAAGAUACGGUUUAGUGAUUCAGUUCUAAGAUAAAACUUUUACUUUUAUAUAAAAAAUACACCAUUGCUGUACAUUAGCGAAGAAACAAGUUAUUUAUUCUGUUUAUAUAGAUAAGAAAAUAUUUAAAGAAAUAGAAGAAAUCGCCGCCCGGAAAAAUGUCCUACACACCAAAAAGUAUUUAUGCCGCUCUCCCUAGAACUCAAAGAGGGCAACCACUUGUAUUGGGCGGAGAUCCUAAAGGAAAGAAUUUUUUAUAUACCAAUGGGAACUCUGUCAUCAUAAGAAAUAUCGAGAAUCCUUCAAUUUCUGAUGUUUAUACAGAACACUCAUGCCAAGUUAAUGUUGCCAAGUAUUCCCCAAGCGGCUUCUACAUAGCUUCUGGAGAUCAGUCUGGUAAGAUAAGAAUAUGGGACACGGUGAACAAAGAACAUAUCCUCAAAAACGAAUUUCACCCUAUCGGGGGCCCGAUCAAAGACAUCGCAUGGUCUCCAGACAACCAGAGGAUGAUAGUUGUAGGGGAAGGCCGUGAACGAUUCGGGCAUGUCUUCAUGUCAGAAACAGGUACGUCAGUCGGAGAAAUUUCUGGUCAGUCCAAACCCAUAAACUCCUGCGAUUUUAGACCAGCCAGGCCUUUCAGACUUAUUACCGGAUCAGAAGACAACACCAUCGCUAUAUUCGAAGGACCACCGUUCAAAUUUAAGAUGACCAAACAGGAACACUCUCGCUUCGUUCAAGCUGUAAGAUACUCCCCCUCAGGAAACUUGUUUGCUUCAGCAGGUUUCGACGGUAAAGUUUUCCUCUACGACGGUACGUCGUCCGACUUGGUAGGCGAAGUCGGAGCGCCAGCUCAUUCUGGAGGCGUCUAUGGCGUAGCUUGGAGUCCUGACGGCAAACAACUGUUGACUGCAAGUGGAGACAAGACUGCUAAGUUGUGGGACGUAGAAACGAGGCAAGUAGUGUCCGAAUUUGUCUUAGGAAACACUGUUGAUGACCAACAAGUAUCAUGUCUUUGGCAAGGCGACUACCUCCUAACGGUGUCUCUAAAUGGUUUUAUUAACUACUUAGACGUCAAUGAUCCAACUAAACCCCUAAGGGUUAUUAAAGGUCACAACAAACCUAUCACUGCCCUAACCCUCAGCGAAGACAGAACAACGAUGUACACUGCCUCUCAUGAUGGAUUUGUUACCAAUUGGAAUGUAGAAAGUGGAGAGAACAAUAGGGUUACCGGUGCAGGUCACGGUAAUCAAGUUAAUGGUAUAAAAGUCGCAGAAGAAACUGUCUAUACAUGCGGAAUUGAUGAUAGCUUAAGGCAAAUUGAUGUAGAAGGAAACACGUACAAAGCUCAAAGUCUGAAACUCGGUUCUCAACCGAGAGGUAUGGAUAUACUUAAAUCCGAAAACGUUAUUAUAACUGCCAGUGUAAAUGAAAUUACGGUAGCCAAAGAUACCCAAAAACUUAGCACUUUAAAAGUGAAUUACGAACCUUCCAGCGUUAGUUGUUCCUCGAAUGGUCACAUUGCUAUUGGAGGAACUGUAGAUAAUAAAGUACACGUGUUCAAACUCGAAAAUAAUAAUUUGGAACCAGUUACAGAGUUGACCCAUCUCGGUCCUGUAAUGGACGUUGCCUAUUCACCGGACGACAAGUAUUUAGUAGCUUGUGAUGGUCAUAGGAAGGUAGUACUGUAUGAGACAGAAGAAUAUAAGCUUGCCAAUAACCAAGAGUGGGGAUUCCACAAUGCCAGAGUGAACUGUGUUGCCUGGUCACCAGACUCACUAUUGGUGGCUAGUGGUAGUUUAGAUACAAGUAUUAUUAUUUGGCACGUCGAAAAACCUGCCAAACAUAUCGUUAUUAAAUCUGCUCAUGCUCAAAAUCAAAUUACAAGACUUGCCUGGGUAGACAAUACCACGUUAGUGUCCGUUGGACAAGACUGCAAUACCAAACUGUGGACUAUUACCCCUUUUUAGCGCUUUAAUAUUUAUAUAUCUAACGCAUUUGUUAUGAACUAAUAUCGUUUGAUAAAUUAUGUAUACUUUCGCUUUCUCAUCAAUGCAUUUAUACUAAAACUUAUUUAUGUACCAUACUGUUGACAUAUUAUAACUUUCAAAAAAUAAA